UGCCUGGUUAUCUCUCCAUAAGCGACACAUCAUUUCAUGCUCGAAAACGAACUCAAGACUCCCUCAGCAUCUGAAACAAGAAUUUUGCUUUGAUCUUUAUAAUCACCGCUUUUGCUGGAUGGCCGUGUAGCCAUGGCGCCCAACAUUGAGAUCUCCAUCCCGACCACGAGCGUCUCGACCAGCUCACCCGCCUACACCAUCUACAACGUCACCCUCCGCCUGCCAUUACGCUCGUUUGCCGUUCAGAAGCGAUACUCGGAUUUUGUUGCCUUCCACCAGAGCCUGACAGCGCAGGUGGGUGCGGUGCCGCCUCUGCCGCUACCGGGGAAAUCCUGGUUCUCCAACACCGUCUCCAACGCCAACCUCCGCGAAGAGCGCCGCAAGGUCCUCGAAGCGUACCUCCGGGCGAUCAACGAGGCGGUAGAUCCAAAGUGGCGGAGCUCUAGCGCCUGGCGAGCGUUUCUGAACCUCCCUUCUUCGGCUGCCACGACCGCAAACACCUCGACGACGCGCCUCCAUGCCGCUAUCACAGAUCCCAGUGCGGUCGGCAGUGGUGCUGGCGGCGCCCCAAUUACUGAUCCGACGCUAUGGCUGGACUGCUAUCGGGAUAUGAAGGGUCAUCUGCAUGAUGCGCGGCUGCACCUCACGCGACGGGAUCAGGAGACCACGCCGCAGAAGCAGCAUGAGAGCUCCGCGCAUGCGAAGGGCAGUCUUGUACGUGCGGGGUCGCUUAUCGGUGCGCUGGAGGAAGGGCUGAAGAAUCUCGGCACCGACGGACUCUCGCCCUCUACUGGAGGAGGGGUAGGUUGGGGAAAUAGUCAGAACAGGGGCAACUCAAUAGGCGAUGGGGAGAUGAGACGAAGGAAGGACUUGCUUGUCAAUGCACGGAAAGAAAAGGACGGGCUAGAGGAUCUGUUGAAUGCGAUGGCGGCCAAAAGCAGGAUCGAUAGCGCCGUCGCGUCGGCUCAGGAUAAAGAGGCCCUGGUUGGCGGCGCUGCGGCGAAGAAGCCUCGCUCGGGUCGAGUGCUAGGUAAGGAGACGGAACGGACCCGCGAACUCGACAACCAGGGAGUCCUCCAACUGCAGCGACAGACGAUGGAAGACCAGGAUCUGAACGUCGAAGAGUUGAGGAAGAUCGUUGCUCGGCAGAGGGAAUUGGGAAUCGCGAUCAAUGCGGAGCUGGAGAUCCAGAACGAAAUCCUCAAAUUGGCGGAUGAGGAUGCAGACAGACUCAAACAAAAGAUCGACAUUGGCAACAAGAGAGUAGGCAAGAUCUCUUAGGCCAGAUAUUUAACAACAUUUCCCAUAUAUUCUAGAAUAGCGAACUCGUGCAUAUUGAUACCUAUUCCAGCCAUCUGUCAAUAUAUUUUUCUUACUGCAGGUUAUCUAUAUGAAUGCUUAUACUUUGCCCAGGUG